CGUGUUCGACUCGACGACGAUCGUGUUCAACUCGACGAUCGUGUCGGACUCAAUCAUGUUCGACUCGACGAUCGUGUUCAGCUGGACGAUCGUGCUCAACUCGACGAUCGUGUCGGACUCGACGAUCGUGUUCGACUCGACGGCAGGGCACGAUCGUGUCGGACUCGACGAUCAUGUUCGACUUGACGGCAGGGCACGAUCGUGUUCGACUCGACGACAGGGCACGAUCGUGUUCGUCUCGACGACAGGGCACGAUCGUGUUCGACUAGACGAUCAUGUCGGACUCGACGAUCGUGUUCGGCACAACAAUUCGCUCGGUCGUCGAGUUCGAUUCGACGACCGGCCAGAUCGCCGUGUCCGAGACGACUCCUGCUCCGGUCCGUUGUCGUGUUCGACUCGAUGGCACUCCUCCAGUCGUCGUCUUUGGCACGACGAUUCGCUCGAUCGUCGAGUUCGAUUCGACGACCGACCCGAUCGCCGUGUCCGAGACGACUCCUACUCCGGUCCGUUGUCGUGUUCGACUCGACGGUGCUCCUGUCGUCGUGUUCGGCACGGCUCCUAUCAACUAAAAGUGCCACGUGGCGUCAUGUGGUUGCAUUUGGGCUUGCUGGUUGUGUCCUCACCGUCUGAUCUUGCGGACUUGGGGUGCUCUGCUGUGGCUGCGCGUCACGUUUGGGCUUUGCUGUUUGAUAUUUUCACUUUGUGGGAGGAGGCAAAGAUCAAAGAUGUGAAGAUGAAGAAGGGCACGGGUGGUAAGAAGGUCAAGUCUCUUGAGGUUGCUGAGUCGAGUGCAUCUGGCAGUGACACAGGGAAGGGGGAAAAGGGUGGAAGGCCAGUGAAAAAGAAUAAGAAAAAUGUUUGUAAGGAGCGUCUUUCUCUCAUGGCACUCAAUCCUUUGAUGUAUGUUUCUGAAAAGAAUGAGAUAGUGAGUGAACCUGCAGAUAUGCCUUACAAGCCUCUGCUGGGGAUGGUUGCGCUCAAUGAUGCUCUGGUGGUCUCAAUCCUCACAGAAGUUAAGAGUGGGGUCCUGUCGCUCGACGAGAUGAACCACAAGUUCACGCUUCUUAAGGUUCAUUUGAGAAUAGUUGCGACAUUCGUGGAAGGGGUAGGGGCAGACGGUUGGGAGGCCGUCAAAGAGGAGUUCGUUGUGCAUACGCAGGAGGUUAUGUUGUCUCAGUACUAUAAGUUGUAUGAGAGGAAUGUCAAGGAAACUCCUCUUGCUAUGCAGUUGUACAUUGUCAAGGCCCUCAACUAUAGGGACAAGUUGCGCCAGAGCGGCUCCAGGGAGCCCAUUCAGUUCCAGUUCAACGACUCUGACACGAGGAUGACCUGCUGGAGUCACAAUGCGGUGGUGAGGAAGUACACUUUUGCUGAAGACAAUGAGAUUUUGUGUCCCUACCAGAAACCGAUCUUCUUGUAUGAGUGGCUCAUCAAGAAGUUUUCUGACCCGAAUGACUCAUACAUAGUGGAUGCUUAUCCUGGAUCGGGGACUGGAGCCAUUGCAACACUGUUGUGCAAACGAAAUGUGCUGGUUAUUGAAAGCGAUCUGCAUUGUGUGAGGGGCGUCAGGGCAAGGUUGGCAGGGAGAGGCUUUGUGGAGAGCGCCACGAAGGAGAAAGACAGCAAGAGCCGCACAGUGUCUGAGGGUUGGAGACACGCCUGAGGCUUCAGGCAUGCAUAAGUUGAUAGGGACCUUCCAUUCGCCUCGCAUAGGUUUGAUGACACAGCCUUGUUGCUUUGGUGCUUUUAUGUGGCACAUAUUUUUUGUAGGCUCUCUUGGGACAUUAAUCACUUUUAAUGUUUGAGUUUUUUCCACCAAUGUUGCCAAGUACAUGGGAACCUGCCCACUUGCUUUUCUUGGGUAUGCUUGGAUAGUUGUUGACUUUCUGCCUUACUGUUGGGACUUGCAAUGAGAUGGUUGUUGCACUUCGUACAUGCAAUGAAAUUUUAUUUGGCAA